AUGGCUCAGAAAGCUGGCCAAAUGGGUCAGAAAGCUGGCCAAAUGGGUCAGAAAGCUGGCCAAAUGGGUCAGAAAGCUGGCCAAAUGGGUCAGAAAGCUGGCCAAAUGGGUCAGAAAGCUGGCCAAAUGGCUCAUAAAGCUGGCCAAAUGGCUCAGAAAGCUGGCCAAAUGGCUCAGAAAGCUGGCCAAAUGGCUCAGAAAGCUGGCCAAAUGGCUCAGAAAGCUGGCCAAAUGGGACAGAAAGCUGGCCAAAUGGGACAGAAAGCUGGCCAAAUGGGUCAGAAAGCUGGCCAAAUGGGACAGAAAGCUGGCCAAAUGGCUCAGAAAGCUGGCCAAAUGGCUCAGAAAGCUGGCCAAAUGGCUCAGAAAGCUGGCCAAAUGGCUCAGAAACCUGGCCAAAUGGCUCAGAAAGCUGGCCAAAUGGCUCAGAAUUGA